CAGGUGAAUUUCCCCACCUUUCGGACCAGCAGAACAGUGAUGCAUCAUGGUCGGUGUAGUCCCACCCGCCUCUGAGUGAGUAAAAACUACAAGCCUGACCAUGUGACAGAGUAAACCCAGUGUGUUUUGUCUUGUGUGCGUUUGCGUCUGUCAGAAAUUAUGCGGAACUCGCAGGUCCUGUCAGCGCUGCAGCUUCCUAUUUACUGAGGUUGACAGUCAGCCUGCACAGGAUGACUCCCAACAGUCACCGGCUUUCACCAUGAAGUGGUUUUCUUUUUUUCCUUCUUUGACACCCCUAUAAAAAUCUAUUUUUGUUUUUAAAUGCUUUUUGAACACUUUCGAGCGGUUUUAAAAUGAAGUUUAACGGAUACCUGAAGCUGCGGAUCGGCGAGGCGCUGGACCUCAAACCGACCACCUUCUCAACGCGCCACACCGUCAUCUUCAACAAGGCCCCCCAGACGCUGGACCCCUACAUAGUGGUGAAGGUGGACGACUACAAGGUGGGGCAGACACACACCAAGCAGAAGACCAACAUGCCCACGUACAACGAGGAGUUCUCCCUCAACGUCAACGACGGCAAGCAGAUCGAGCUGGCGGUGUUCCACGACACCCCGCUCGGAUAUGAUGACUUUGUGGCCAACUGCACCAUCCAGUUCGAGGACAUGAUCAAAACAUCCAACACGGGAGAGACCUUCGAGGGAUGGAUGGACUUGGAGCCAGAGGGCAAGGUUUACGUCCUGAUUACGCUCACUGGAUCGUUCACCGACGAUGUCGCCGUAACGAAGGAAAACACCCACAAGCAGUUUACGAGGGAGCGGCAGGGCGCCGUGAGGCGACGGAUCCACCAGGUCAACGGGCACAAGUUCAUGUCCACUUUCCUCCGUCAGCCCACCUUCUGCUUCCACUGCAAGGAGUUCAUCUGGGGUGUGUUCGGAAAACAAGGUUACCAGUGUCAAGUGUGUACGUGUGUAGUUCAUAAGCGGUGCCACCAGCUGGUUGUCACUGUGUGUCCACGCAUGAAGAAAUCAACCAAAGAGAAGGAUGCAACUCAAGGUUUCAGCAUCAACGUCCCUCACAAGUUCAACAUUCACACCUACAAGUCUCCCACCUUCUGUGACCACUGUGGUUCCCUGCUGUGGGGAAUAGUUCGGCAGGGCCUGCACUGCAAAAUUUGUAAAAUGAAUGUUCACAUCCGCUGCAAAGGCAACGUCGCCCCAAGCUGCGGCGUCAACAGCGUGGAGCUGGCUAACAAGCUAGCAGAGAUGGGUCUGCAGGCCGGAGGACUCUCCAAGCGAAACACGAUGCAGGUUAAAGAGCCGAGGAGGCAGCCGUCCGAGAGAACGGAGAGUACGACCACAGAGGCUCAGCCGGAGACCCCGCGGCUGGGGAUCUCAGAUUUUACCUUCCUUCAGGUUCUCGGCAAAGGAAGCUUCGGCAAGGUGAUGCUGGCGAAACUAAACAGCAAAGAUCACGUCUUCGCCAUCAAGGUGCUGAAGAAGGACAUCAUCCUGCAGGACGACGAUGUGGAGUGCACCAUGACGGAGAAGCGGGUUCUGUCUCUGGCCCGCUGCCACCCGUACCUCACGCAGCUCUACUGCUGUUUCCAAACACCGGAUCGUCUUUUCUUCGUGAUGGAGUUUGUGAACGGAGGUGAUCUCAUGUUCCACAUCCAGAAGUCCAGGAAGUUUGAAGAGGGCAGAGCACGUUUCUACACGGCGGAGAUUACGUCUGCCCUGAUGUUCCUGCACAGCCAGGGCAUCGUCUACAGGGAUCUAAAACUGGACAACGUCCUGCUGGACAAAGACGGUCACUGCAAGCUGGCGGAUUUCGGCAUGUGCAAGGAGGGAAUAUUUGAGGGCGUGGCCACCGGGACGUUCUGUGGGACUCCGGAUUAUAUCGCCCCAGAGAUCCUGCAGGAGAUGAUGUACGGCCCGUCGGUGGACUGGUGGGCGCUCGGCGUGCUGCUGUACGAGAUGCUGUCAGGCCACGCCCCCUUCGAGGCUGAAAACGAAGACGACCUCUUUGAAUCCAUCCUCAACGAGGACAUCGUGUAUGCAUCCUGGCUCAGCAAAGAGGCGGUCAACAUCCUCAAAGCUUUCCUGACCAAAAACCCGGCGCGGCGUCUCGGCUGCGUCCCAUCGGAAGGAGGCGAGGACGCCGUCAUCAGCCACUCCUUCUUCACCGGCAUCGACUGGGAAAAAUUAAACCGCAAAGAAAUAGAGCCGCCAUUCAAGCCAAGGAUUAAAACGCCUGAGGAUGUGAACAACUUUGACCCGGACUUCACCCAGGAGGAGCCGACGCUGACCCCCAUCGACGACCCCGUAAUCCCUUCCAUCAACCAGGACGAGUUUAGAAACUUUUCCUUCACUUCGCCUGACCUUCUGGACAUCUGAGAGGCUCCACUCCUGGCAUUUAUCUCACAGUUUUCCUCCCAGUUUAUACUGAAACUUCUCGAACUUUGUCGCCGUCUCCCUUCUGCAGAAAUGUGAGGAAAUGUCUCAAAAAGACGUUGGACAACUCAUGGAGACACCGGACGUUAGCUGAACUCCUCUGCACUCGUUUAACCCCGGAUGUUGCAUUUUUCAUCUGAUUUUUAUUGUUAUUUUUACUGUCAGAUGGAUUCACUGGCACAUUCAACCGUUCUGUUGUAAUGGAUUUUCUUCCUAUUCCUUCAAAUGGAAAAAAUACAUUUUUUAAAAAAAGAAAAUAAUAAAAUUGUUCUGUGUUCAGAAACACA